UAGUAACACAGUGGACUGUGCCGAAAGCGUUCAGAUUUAGAAAGUUGAACGUGAACUCAACAUAGCUUUCGUGGUCGUGUUCCCAGACUAGUGAAGGUUUGACAACCAGCGGUGGAGGAGUGCGUUGUGGUACUGAUGUGUACGGUUGGUCACUGUGAUUGUGCCUCAGGUUUUUCUAAGCGAUCAUCAAAGAACACACAGAGUUUGACUGAAUAUCGGCAACAGGCAGUUUAAUAUUUUCAACAUGAAAUCAAACCACUGAUUUGGCUGGUAUCAGAUAUCUCGCGUCGGCGACUCUGCAGCGGCAAACUUCAGGUGCUAACGCAGACACCCCAGGCUCGUGUCUCCUCCAGAUCAGCAAACAGAGCGUGAGCGAAUGCACAUCAACGCUGAGCUGCAUCUCAAGUAACGCAGACUGCCAGCCCCUCACACCACAGUGGAGAUGGCGGCUGACCGAACGCUGCCGCCAACACCAGCAGUCCUCCUGGUGGGGAAGUGCCUGAAGCGGGAAACUGGCAACGCCACCACGUUGGCUCGCCUCGGUAGUGGGCGCUUAGCUGCCUGGUUACGCACGCCCUCGGUUCACAGGCGUGCAGUAAGGAGCGGUGGGUGGGAGGCAGUGACGCAGGACCCUGACAACAUUCCUCAUACCGACGCCCUGCGCGCCCUCAUCAAGCAGCACAAUAUUGUCACUGUUCUGGGUCUGCACGCCUAUCGCACCUCCCACGUGCUGCUGGCCUGCCAGAAACUCGGCGUGCCCUACGUGACUGUGUUCGGUGGCACCGACGUGAACGAGUGCGUCAGGGAUGCCGUGAAGAGGGAGGUGAUGGGGCGGGUGGUGGCUGGCGCUAAGAGCCUCGUCGCUUUCCACGACUCGAUGCGAGACGCUGCUCUUCAAGUCUGGCCAUCACUGCCCCCGGGUAAGACAUGGAUAAUGCCUCAAGCCGUUGCAGUUGAUCCCGAUCUGGACUUCGACGUGUUAUCAUACAUGAAUGCGAGAGAAGCAGCUCACGUGGACAACAGAGUACACGGCAGCGAUCAUGACACGACCACCUCACACCGCGAGAACCAAGGUGGUGAGAUGUCUGUCCAGUCAGCAGGAAGGAAUAAAAGCACGGGGGGAGAGGAAUGCGGCGCCUCAGAAAAAAUUCGCACCACAGAAAACGUUCCACCGCGUGAGGAUAACGGGGUGACUUCACGAAACGAAAACAUGAACACUCGGAUAAACGGGAUCCCAUGCAAGCCUCAAAGGGAAAGGUUGUCUGGACCAGUAGAAUUGCCUGCACUAUUUCAGCCGUUAGUAUUGAUGGUGGCUGGACUCCGCCCUGUUAAGGAUGUGCUGUACCUGACGGAGGCGUGGAGUGAGUGGCAGCGGGCGCGAGGGGGACAUGGUCGCUUCCUCAUCGUGGGCCCCUCCAUUGACCCCCAAUACGCCGACCACGUGCACGCCCAAGUGAGCAGGCUGAGCGGCGUGCGUGUGUGCCCCAGUCUUCCCCCGCAAGAGUGCCAGGCCGUCAUUAGGAGGGCCACCGUCUUGGUCAACUCAUCCCGUUCUGAGAGUAUGGCAAGCUCGAUCCUGGAGGCAAUGGCUCUUGGCACGCCAGUGAUCGCCAGGGACAUUCACGGCAACACAGCCCUCGUCAAGCACGGGCACACGGGGCUCGUCUACUCCUCGCCAAACGACUUCAUCCGAGAACUUGAGUGUCUCUUGCAGGAUUCAGGACUCAGGGACCGCCUCACUAAGGCCGCCGAGGAGCGGGUCACCUGUUGUCAUUCCCUUAAAACAGGAAAAAGAGCUUCUCCUUAGGAUUCUCAAGCAGGCGGUGCAGUAGGGAAAUUCUCUCUCUCUCUCUCUCUCUCUCUCUCUCUCUCUCUCUCUCUCUCUCUCUCUCUCUCUCUCUCUCCUCUCUCUCUCUCUCCUCUCUCUCUCUUUCUCUCUCUCUCUCAGCCUCCGAGUGGUGAAAUUACAAUAAUACAAGAAAGCCGAGCGGAGGGAACGUGAGGAUUAAUAAAGGAGGGAAGGUCUACCCGUUCACUGUUUCUCGCAGCCCCUGGUGUCCUAUAUAGGUCUUGUAAUUGCCUCCUUAACUAUCUUAUUGCCUCCUUGACGCUCCUGUCCCCCACCAUUUUUACUUGUCCUCAUUCCUCGUCCAAGUGUGUGUGUGUGUGUUGUCUUCUCUUUCCAUGCCACUUCGCUAUUCGCCCCUCCUCUCCACCUAUGCAAGGCAACCCUCCUCCCACUGUGGUGAGUAAAUACAAACGAACUACUUAUUUUUCACUGUCGUUUAUGCAGGACACAUAUUCCUGUAAAACUGCCGAACUGAAUAAUGACUUACGCCAAAUAAAUACACCUGUGUAAAGGAUUUAGUGGGAAAUGUAUCGCGAAGAAUAUUUUUUGUUGCUUACUGUUUUUAUUUGGGAAAAAAAUCUUUUCAACCAGA